AUGACAUCCUACACAAAUGGCGUCCUCGAAACUCCAGCGGAAUCCGCGGACGGGAUUGAGAUAAACUGCGACCCAAGACCGAGAGUCCGAAUUACGAACGUUGCGAUCAUCGACGCAGUGUCGGUGCCUGGCAGACAUACACACUCCUUAAAUCGAUACCAACCUCCUGGUGCCAUCUACCAUGAUCUUCUCUUGGCUAAUAACCCGCAUAAUCCAUCCGUCUCUGCAGCAAUUCAAAACAUUGGACACGCUCUGAACCUAGAACUGGAUAUCAUGAAAAAUGCGGACGACACAGGCGAGCAUUAUUGGAAGGAAAUUAUCUAUCGCCAGUUUUUAGGCUCCUUUAGAAUUCAUCAUAUUGGAGAAAGUGUUCUCCCCGAAGCUGAUGAUACACACACUAUUGAAGCUACUCUGUCCGGAAUCACUCUCCACAAUAGAGGUUUUCUUCUUAGGUUCACAUCUUCUGAUGGGUACUUUGUUUGUGCUGCUGUUACAUUCGAAGAUAUUCAGCACCUUCACCGACGUGGAGCUAUCUUUUUGAGGAACUAUGGGGGAACAUCUGAAUCCGGUGGAAACAUUACCUGA